GUAAAAGCAUGGGCGGAGAAUCGAUAUCCAAGUUACAUAAUAGCAGCAUCACCACCACCUCUAUUUAGAGAUGCACCAGGUGCAAGUUCGAUUCAAGAUGUUAGAAUUAAACAACAACCUAAGAUCACUUCUGUUAACUCUUCUACAAAUUCUCAACAAAGUAUGGGAGCAGAUGAUUUUAAAUUUAUUUUUAUUGUAGUAGGAGGUGUAUUAUCAAUCGUUUUACUUUCUACUUUCUUAGUGGUCAUUGUGGUUUAUCUUGCAACUAAGGAGACUGGAACUUCAUUUGUUAAAAUUCCAGUACCUAUGACAAAUUGGAGAAUCGAAUUAUAAAAAAACAAAGAGAAACCAAUAUCAAUAUCAAUAUUUAUAACCAAGUACAAGUCAAAUGGAAAAGUCAGCUCGAAAAAAAAUCUACUCAAAACUCUUCAUACACUAAAAACAUUCCAAAAAGAGUCAAAUUAUAAUUUACUUAUGUUUUAAUAUUUCUAAUCCAAAUUUAUCAAGUUUCAAAACUUUCUUUAGUAUUUUUUUAUCUGCAAAAGAUUUUCUUUUCAUUUGACAUCAAUAAAUUCAAGAGAUGUAUAUGUAAGCUUAUGAUCAGAAAACAGUGAGUCAAUGAAAAUUCAAACUUGAAUUGAU